CAGUUAAUUUCACUGACUGCUAGAUGAGAGGAAACAGUAAUUUCCCUAGAAGCUCAUCAUGCAACUGUUUCUACUUCUUACUGUCAUGAAGAAUGACUUCCCUUUCUCCUUCUGAGGCUUUUCCCCAUAGCGGCAGGGGGCAGUGCUUGGGAGCAGCAGGGACAGUGGAUCCACGUGUGCCCCAGGAAUGGGGCGGCAGAAUAUAAAACCAAGAAAUGUGUGAUACAUAAAGUAUUCUACAUACAUCAUCAUAAGGAUUUCUCUUAAAGAAUUGCGUUGGACUAACACAUUAUAAUUUGUGUUACGCAUAAUGUGGUGAAACAGCAGAGCAGAAGUUGUCCAUCUUUGUGCUGACUAAGGAAUUACAAUGUUUAUUUUGUGAGCUAAGUGAACUGAGCAUCUGAAAAUGCGGCCAUGGACUGGUUCCUGGCGUUGGAUUAUGCUCAUCCUCUUUGCCUGGGGGACCUUGCUAUUUUAUAUAGGUGGACACUUGGUACGAGAUAAUGAACACCCAGAUCAUUCCAGUCGUGAACUAUCCAAGAUACUUGCAAAACUUGAACGUUUAAAACAACAAAAUGAAGACUUAAGGCGGAUGGCAGAGUCUCUCAGGAUACCAGAUGGUCCCAUUGAUCAGGGGCCUGCUGCAGGAAGAGUACAUGCUUUAGAGGAGCAGCUUUUAAAGGCCAAAGAACAGAUAGAAAAUUAUAAGAAGCAAACAGGAGAUGCAGGCUUGGGGAAAGACCAUGAAAUAUUGAGAAGAAGGAUUGAAAAUGGAGCCAAGGAACUUUGGUUUUUUCUGCAGAGUGAAUUGAAGAAAUUGAAAAAUUUGGAAGGAAGUGAACUCCAAAGACACAUUGAUGAAUUCCUAUCCGAUUUGGGUCACCAAGAAAGGUCGAUAAUGACAGAUCUGUACUACCUCAGUCAAACAGAUGGAGCAGGUGAUUGGCGAGAGAAAGAGGCCAAAGAUCUGACAGAGUUGGUACAGAGGAGAAUAACAUACCUUCAGAAUCCCAAGGAUUGCAGCAAAGCCAAGAAACUUGUGUGCAACAUCAACAAAGGCUGUGGCUAUGGCUGUCAACUUCAUCAUGUUGUCUACUGCUUCAUGAUUGCAUAUGGAACACAACGAACACUCAUAUUAGAAUCUCAGAAUUGGCGUUAUGCUACUGGUGGUUGGGAGACUGUCUUUAGACCUGUAAGUGAGACAUGCACAGACAGAGCAGGCACUACCACUGGACACUGGUCAGGUGAAGCAAAUGAUAAGAAUGUUCAGGUUGUAGAACUUCCCAUCGUUGACAGCUUGCAUCCACGGCCACCUUAUUUGCCAUUGGCUAUCCCAGAAGAUCUUGCUGAUAGACUAAUUCGUGUCCAUGGAGAUCCUGCGGUGUGGUGGGUCUCGCAGUUUGUCAAAUAUUUGAUUCGUCCGCAACCAUGGCUAGAAAAGGAAAUUGAAGAAGCAACAAGGAAACUCGGUUUCAAACAUCCAGUUAUAGGUGUUCAUGUCCGAAGGACAGACAAAGUGGGAACAGAGGCAGCAUUUCAUCCCAUUGAAGAGUACAUGGUACAUGUUGAAGAACGUUUCCAGCUUCUUGCCCGCAGAAUGCAUAUAGAUAAGAAACGAGUUUAUUUGGCUACAGAUGACCCUUCACUACUACAAGAGGCAAAAUCCAAAUAUCCAAAUUAUGAAUUUAUAAGUGAUAACUCCAUAUCUUGGUCAGCUGGACUUCAUAAUCGAUACACUGAAAACUCAUUGCGAGGUGUUAUUCUGGAUAUCCACUUUCUGUCCCAGGCAGACUUCCUGGUCUGUACAUUUUCCUCACAGGUUUGUCGAGUUGCCUAUGAAAUCAUGCAGACUUUGCAUCCAGAUGCUUCAGCAUAUUUCCACUCUUUGGAUGAUAUCUACUACUUUGGAGGACAAAAUGCACACAACCAGAUUGCCAUUUAUGCUCACCAUCCACGAACUGCUGAUGAAAUCCCCAUGGAACCUGAAGAUAUAAUUGGUGUGGCUGGAAACCACUGGGAUGGUUACUCUAAAGGCAUCAAUAGGAAAUUAGGGAGAACAGGCCUGUACCCAUCGUACAAAGUGAAAGAGAAAAUUGAGACAGUGAAGUACCCUACAUACCCAGAGGCUGACAAAUAGAACAAAAGAAGGAGAGUUGUUGUUCAUUCUAAUUGGCUUGAACCAACCAACAUAAAGGCUUAUAUGGGAUUUGAAUUCACAUUUUAACAUAUCGUUGAAAUGAAAGCCUUUAGAAUUCAGACUGAAUAAGAAGCUUGGAGCAAAUGGACAGGCCAUUAUUUGAACUUCUUGUUGAACUUGCACUCUCACACAUGCGUGUGCAUACAUCCUCCCAGGAAAACUGUUGUUUUAUACUAUUUGUCUCUUUCAAAAUUUGUCCGUCAUUAGUCAUAUGUGAGCUUUGGGCUCUCUUCUUUGCCAUUAAUUGACUAUAAUUCUCAGACUUAUAACACUGCCAUAUUGUGUAAUUUGAGUGACAUGAACACAUUUUGUAUGUGCGGAAUUUACAACAUGGUGCCUAUAUUUGAAAGAUCUGUGACCUUUUCAGAAGAGCCAUGCCCAGUUCCACUGAUAGGCAAGAGUUGAUCUUUAAUUAGUCUUGUCAUGAGUUUCAACCAACAGAUUAAAAAAUCAGACUCCAUAUAUUAUCUUUGCAAGAUUCUUUUUUUAAAAAAAAGAACAGUUCCAUCGAUUAGUUCACCUCAACAUUAAUAAAAUAAAGGAUACAUCCAAACAAAGUAUUCACUGUCUAUUAGGAACUUUUGUAAACAAUGCCAUGAACAGAUCCUUUAGUACUGUAUGUUUCUGGACAUUGUCUUUGAUAACAAAAUAAAUUUAAAAAUGAGUAACUAAAGUUUUAUAGAUUAUUAAAUAUUAAUUGCUCAGUUGAAUAACCGUGAAUGGGCCACUGUUUCUCAGUGACUUUUGUGAAGAGUGAUUUCACCAGAACGGUUACAGUGACUCUGAAUUUCUUGUAGACAUCUUUUUCUCUAGGUCUCUAACUUUUCAUCAUCUCUAUUUCUCCUCUGAAAAAUAAAUGUUCUGCUAGGGAAUUAUAAACACCAGUUUUCUAUUUUGGCAUUGAAUGCAAUCACCUUGAAAUAUCAGGAAAAUAUAACGUAUUAUUUAUAAUACUGUUCAUCAAAUAUAUCAUUUCAAAAGAAUGGGCUCCUAUGUAUCUAGUAAGAGCUGGACUUCCCUGUUGCUGUAGCGUGAUUGAGAGAAAUCCUAAAGUUUAAUUAGUUUGUGGAACUAAUCUGGCUUGUUCCCAUUCAACAGUUCUUUAUUUUGGAAGCAUGGAAUUAACUCUGUGUAAGGCAAGUUCCUAACUGCUUUUGUUAGCCUCUCCACUAAUUUAACAAUAUUUCUGGCCUUGUUUUUCACAUGCAUAGUGAAGGCUAGAGGAGACUUUAUUUUUCUUAGCUUUGUUCAUCUUCCUUAAACUUAUGUGGAAUUACAAGACUGGGAAACAUAGUUUUAACUUACUCAGAAAUAGCUCCGUUGUUUUCUGAGCUCAACAUGAAAAUUAGUGCAUAGUUAAAGUUUAACCUUUUUGGAAUCCCUAAUUUGUUUCAUUUCUCAAUAAAUAUUAUACUUUCUAUACAAUAUUUAGAUUUUGUAAAAAAAAAAGUCUAUAUUGCCAUAGAUUUUUUCUAAGCCCUUUGCUUAGAGAUGCAGACGUUAUAAGCUUUCCACUCAUCCCUUGCAGAAAUAAUGUUCACAAAUGAACAAAAAUGUGAAGAUUCCUGAGGAGUGAGGUAAGGCAUAUACAAAUAUCAGGCAGGACAUGGCAGCUGAGACUGCACAGCAAAGCUCAUGAUGUCAUAACCAAAGAACCAGAAACAGUGGUGAUGUGAGAGAAAUAUUAGCCAGACUUUAGCUAGCAGUUGAAUAGCAAACUGUAAGACUGAGGAAAAGUAUGGCAAGAUGUAUGUUACUUCUUUUAAAGACCCGAGGAAUGAUGAGUGAAGCACUUGUGUAAGCACUGCCCUGAAGAUAAGACACCAGCUUUCCUAUUCCAACAUGCUUCCUGUCACAUGAACCUUUCUUUUCAGAGAUCUGUUUCCUUCAAGAAUACCAGUUAGUUAGUUCCCCAGCUAAAACAGCAAAACACAAUUCAUUUUAGAGUAAACAAAUAAGUACUAUGGACUUGAGUUAUAGUUGCCAGAAAGCCUCUUUAUACUACCAGAAUUGCAUAGAGUUCAGGAGUAAAUACUGUAGCUUAUGGAAUAGAGAGAAAACAGAAAAUAAAAAGGUUGUAUCUAUUAAAUACCGAUAAGGGACUUUAAAGGAGCAUCUCAUGAAGGUACUAGAGACUAGUUAAGUUAUGUAAUAAUUACAAGCUGUACUUAGUUCGAUAAAGUCUGAAUUUUGUAGAAGUCUAUUUUGUUUCUCUGUAUCAGACCUCCAAGUCUGACAUAGCCCUGUAAAGACAGAAUCAUUGGCAUAAAACCCAGUCAAAGUAUAGUUCAUGUACUCUGACACAAACUAGUGUGUUUUAAUUAAUUUCCUUUUAAUUUAUUUUAAUAUGCAACAUAAUUUCCUUCUUUUGUAUUACAUAUGCAGUAUGCUUAUUAUUAGAGUUGGGCAAAGUUUUUUGGCCAGAACUUUUUUCACCUAAAAAUGCAUAUUCAUUUUGAGUUUGUGUCGAUGUCACUGAAUUGUUUUGCUGGGGGAA